AUGAGCUUUUCGAAACUUUAUGCAUGAAAUAUAAUGGAAUUCAAAAAACAACGAGAUAAAUUCCUGGUGUUCUAGUUUUGUAGUUUUUGUUCUAUCCAAAACCGUUUUUCUCAAAAAAAUCGCUGUUUAAGUGUAUAAUCGUGGCGAUUAAGUUUUUAAAAAAUAAUAGUAAUUAGGGAUAAUAUUGUUGCCAUUCACGAAGUUACAUUUACACUUUUAAGAAUCAUAUUACGUGAAUUCGAUUUUGUUUAUAUUUUCAUUAGAGGUUAAACCAAUAAGUUUAUAAAAACAAACUGUUUGCGCCGAUGUGCGUGCACAAAUUCGGAAGAAAUUAGCUGGCAUCGUGUCUAUAGCGCUUAAAGAACCGAAACGCCAAAUUGCUUGCAGAAUUCUACUAAGAACGCCGAUCCGUAUGCUGUAAUUCGACACAAUAUUAACCCUGCACGUGUCGCUAAUUUUUUUAACAACGCUUUCCACACCUUAAUUCCUUGUAUUGUAUACAGGGGGUGUCGAUUAUGGGCAGAAAGUCUAAAACUUCCCUAAAAUUUCCGUUACUGUGGGAAAAUUAUUGACAACAAAUGAAAAAAUAUUAAUGAUGGGAUAAUUAAGAAUGCCGCAAAGUAUUUUUAACAAAUAAUUUUUUUUUUUUUGCUUAUUUCAGUGUUCAGAAAAAAAAUGUUUUCUCUAAAACUGUUAACCCCAUCAGCAAAAUUCUUUAACCAGCUUACGCGGAAGAUCCAGUGCUAUAACACUUAUUUCGGGCAUAUUUUUAGAUUAUAUACAGGGUUUUUUAAUUACGGACAAAAAUAUAAAAGACUCUAAAAAUUGUCCUUUUCCAAAAAUUAUUAGUCUUAAAUCAAAAUUCUAAAAAAAGGACAAACAGUAUUGCCACAUGGAGAGCUGCAAUUUGUGUAUUUACGGUUUUCGUCUAUCACGUACGCUGCUUGAGAUAUUUGAAAAAAUCGAAAUGAAAAUCGCUAUAUCUCGCACCCAAUCUAGACGCGAUGACGUCAUCUGCUAUGGCGGCGUACUGCAUUGUUCCAGAAAAGAAUUAUUUUCUCGAAAACCAUUGACUCUAUUGGAAAAAUUCAUGGAGUGGGAAACGUGGGAGAUCCAUUACCAUAACAUCUACUUUUCGCAGUUUUUCAGUUAUAUACAGGGUGUGUCAGUAAUGGGCAAAAAGAUAUAAAAGAACAUGAAAAUUGCCGUUUUGUAGGUAACUUAACAGCCGAAAAAGAAAAAAUAUCAUUCAUUUGAUCAUUUGGUCUAAACACUAAUGUCAAUUGCGUCGAAAGGUAGUUUCAGGUUUCGUCUAUCAUACAGGGUGCGCGAGAUAGCGGCUUCUUUUUAAAAUAAAACUCUGAUUCGCGUUACACAUUAGACACUUUUUCAAAACGCACAGUACAAACCAUUAUUUGACACUGAAACAAAUGGUCAACACUGAAGAAAUAUAUCAUUCACGAUUCUGCCAGAAGUAGACAGCAUAGAAUACCCUAAAAAUCGUCAACGUUUUUUAUGGCCCAAUUCUAAUUUUAACUUUUCAUUGAGGUAUUCCUCUGCCAACGAGGCCCACCUUCAGUUAGAUAAAACAUGAAACAUCCACCAACUCCACAAUCGUCAGAGGGGAUGUGAAAACGGGACAAACAGAGGAAGAAAGGGAGACAGACGCGUUUUUUUUUAAUAUUAAUAUUUUAACUCCCAACAAUCGAAGAAGCAUCCCUUUGAUUACAGGCUACGCUGAAAAUAACCAGUCUCCCCCUGUCAUUAAGGGAUUGCGUUUAUCGAAUCGCGUCUGCCAGUGGCGUAGAGCAAAACUAUUUGCAAAUCUUCUAGGAUAUUUUUUCUUUUGGUAAAAGAGUUGAUUACACUCAAAAAUUUUAGUUUUAUUGAACGAGAUUUGUUCUCAGUCUAAAUGAUAUUUUUCGCCCUGUCUCUCCGAGAGUAUCGGGAAUAAGAAGUUCAGUGGAAUACCAGAAACUAUCAAUUAUUAUGGCGGAAUAAGGUUUCGUCACGAAAAAUAGGAAUAUUAUAUAAAACAAACACAUAAAAUAUAUGUAAUAAUAAAUAUAAAACCCGACUAACAGGGAGAUAAAGUGUCUCGUAGAAUAGUAUAUAAGAGGUUAGCGCCAAAAUUUCCCGGCCUGACAUAGAUGCAGCUCCAGUAUCACGAUAAAACUUUGUCUUCUUUUAAAUACAUAUCUUAGUAGGCUGCGAAAAAAAAAAUGAAGUCUUGCGUCAAAUUGUUUUUUAUUGACAACAUAACGCAAAUUGAGCAUAGAGCAGUCAUAAAGUUUUUGACAAAAGAAGGGUUAGCACCUAAAAUUAUUAAAGAAAGGCUGGAUGGUGUGUACGGCCAAAGUUUUCCUUCGUAUUCUGUAGUGACAGAAUGGGCAAAACGUUUUUGAAUAUGGCAGGAAUCACUUGAAGAUGAUUCAAGAACUGGUCGACCAGUGGAGGUCAUAACGGAAGCUUUUGUUGGGAUUGUGGAAGAGGUGGUAUUGAGUGAUCGACGGUUAAAGGUCAAGGAAAUCUCAGGAAUUACUAAGCUUUCUGAUACAAGUGUUCAUCGAAUCCUGCAUGAUCAUUUAGGUAAUAUUAGUGCAAAAACCUUUUGGCUAUUCCAAAACAAUGCCGUGUCGAGUGGUCAUUUUUGGAACUCUGUAGGUCGGAAGCGAAGCCUGUGAUAGAAACUAUUGUGACAGGAGAUGAAACUAUGGUUCUCUAUUAUGACCCUCUAUCGAAAAAAGAAUCAAUGAAGUGGCGCCGUAAGGGUGAAGCACCUCCAAGAAAAUUCAGAGUCUGCCAUUCAACAAAGAAGACGAAGGCCACGAUCUUUUGGGAAUGUGAAGGCAUACUUUUGAUAGAUUUUAAAAAAACUAAUACCACUGUCACUGGUAAAUAUUACGCAACAUUAUUACAUAAAUUACAUAACCAAAACUGACCAGAGGCGUGCGUCUUUUGCACGAUAUGCACCUGUCCAUACUGCCGGUGAUGCACACGCUGCCAUUUUAGAGUGUGGGUUCCAACAGAUAGAUCAUCCGGUUCAACUACGAAGUUGAGUUAAAAGAGGCUGUUUUAGCUCAUUUUGCAGACAAAGAAUAUUUUUUUAAAGGGAUUGAGUUGUUGAUAAAGAGAUGCAAUUAGUGUAUUGCAGUUAAGGGGAAUCAUAUUGAAAAAUAAUAAAAAAAUGUUACUCUACUUUGUUUCUUUCAUAUUCAGGCCGGGAAAUUUUAGCACAAAUGGUAAUACACUACCCAACUUCUUGAAGAUAAACUGCAAAGUACAAACACGAUGUUAACAAAUGUCACGCCUAUUACCAGUAUUCGGAAAAUACUCAAACAAUUUUGUUUACACCUAAUUUAUGAAGUUAUUAAUAUAAGGUAAUGUUUAAAGAACAACAUAUAACUGAAAGGUGAUCAAAAUAGUGUAGAAUAUUUUUAUGAGCCAUACUAGGUGUUACUCUACUUUGUUUCUUUCAUAUUCGCGCUGCCCUCGUAUUUUUUUAUUUUUUUCUAUUCCGAUGGUCUACCAAAAACAUUUUUAAUUUCAUAUUUUUUUUAACUGGAAGGUAAAUUUGUUCCUUGUCGAGUAGGAAUGAAUUUCAGGUACUGUUUGAAAGAAAAAUAUAUACAAAUGGUGAUGGUGAGUAGUAUACAUUCAAGUGAAGAAUAUUUCAAUUUUUUCGAGACAUUCGCUAAAAAAAAUCCCGACGCCACUGGACGUGUGGAUAUUUUAUAAGAAAGCGCGGAGACAUGCGAAGCCCAUAUAGUCCGCCAUGGUGGCCAAAAACUAUUUCACGCACCUGAGGCGGCUCAUGAUGACGAUAGGGAUCUGGAAAGUCUACGAGCCGGGAGUUUCAAAACUAAGACGAAACAUCUACAGGGUCUACGCGAUAUCCUUCCAGUUGGUAUGUUACUCGGCGAUGGUGUCUUUGGUGGGAGAAAUGCCAUCGUUGGUAAAAACUGAUCCGGUAGCUGCGAUGGACAGCGCAAACAGAUUCAUCGUGUACAUCGUCAUCAUCAUCAAGAUGUUCAUCUGGCAGUCAGAGAGGAUGGUGAAGCUGCUGGAUGCCGCACUAGAGCAAAACUCCGCUAUACGGAAGUCUUCUGAGAGCGAUCCGGUAGUCAGUAGGAUAUACGAGAGCCAUAUCCGAUUAAACAAUACAGUGAUGUCGCUGCUUGUCACUUCCGGAACUUCCGUGGCAGUCACUAUCUUCGCCGUCGGCGACGUAAACCUGUACCGAUUCGUCCAAUCGUCAAACGGCACCGACGUUACCAUCAAACCUUUGCCCCACAAGUACUGGUACCCUUUCGACAAAGAUCGGCACUAUCUGAUCGCCCUGGUAGACCAACACGUCCGACCUACCCUGAGUUGCUUCUGCAUCGGCGUUAUCAGCGCCUCGAUCAAUUCGCUAACGAUUUUCGUAAAGGUGCAGCUCAGAGUGUUGCAGCACCAGUUUCGCGGUCGAUGGGAGCGCGGAGCUUUGCGCAGCUUGAAGCUGCUCUGCUCGAGACACCAGCGCCUGAUCCGACACGUAUCAGAUUUCAACCAAUCGCUCAAAUACGUGAUACUGCUGGAAUACACGGUGUCUUCGCUGACCUUUGCUCUGCUGAUACUCCAAAUCACGGCGGGUGAGCAGCUCACCAUUAAUUUCACGAUAUUGGUGUUGACCACUCUGCAACUGCUCACGUUUUCCUGGAACUCGAACGAGAUCAUCCUGCAGAGCAUGGAACUAGCCAGCGCACUCUUUAGAAGCAACUGGUAUACUCAGGAUCGGCCCGUGAAAGUGCUGAUCCACAUAAUGAUGAUGCGGUGUCAGAAACCUCUGAGUCUGCGUAUAGCGUGGCUGGGAGUGAUGGAUUUGAAUGCGGGAAUGUCGAGGCUGAAGCUGGGAUAUUCCUACACGUCCGUAGUAAAGAAUUGAUGUACGUUUUGAGCUACAAUUAUUUCCAAUUUUGUGUACAUAUUAGGCGCUUGCCAAUUGUAGAUUUCGUAUAAUAAAUUAAGUUUCUUUGCUUUGUUUUUUGCCAAUUCUAGUC